AUGGAGCCGGACCCGCUCGGAGAUGGCGGCAGCGCUAGCCGUGAGGGGCCUGGCGCGGAGGCCGGCUUUCCACCGACGAGUCCUGGGCUCACAGCCUCUCAGCGCCGGGCUGAGCUUCGCCGGAGGAAGCUGCUCAUGAACUCAGAAGAGCGGUUCAAUCGGAUAAUGGGUUUCCACCGGCCGAAGGCGGAUGAUGACACCCAUUCAGAAGCAAAGCUUCAGCUGGAACAAGAUAAAUCGACCAUUCCUGCUCCGUCUGUUUCCAAGCGUAUUGUGCUUGGUGAUACUGUCUGCAGCCUGGCAGGAACAGCUGACCAUGGAAGCAGUGCAGUAGAGCACAAGGGGGAGAAAAAGGACUUGUUCAAUAUAGCGCCUGAGGUUGGUAGUGAGAGCUCCACUGAACUCCGGCAGCGCAGUAGAGGUGAUCUGAUGGAACAGCGAACACCUCAGCAUGGCCUAGACCAGUAUUUAUCAAGAUUUGAUGAAGCUAUGAAAUUAAGAAACCAGCUGAUGAGUGAGAAGCCAAGCCAGGAAAAUGGAAAUGCUGCAGAGGAAUUUGAUUCUUUCCGUAUUUUUAGAUUAGUUGGGUGUGCACUACUUGCCAUUGGAGUUAGAGCUUUUGUGUGCAAAUACUUGUCAAUAUUUGCUCCAUUUCUUACCUUACAGCUUGCAUACAUGGGGUUGUCUAAGUAUUUCCCAAAGAGUGAAAAGAAGACAAAGACUACAGUAUUAACUGCUGCUCUUUUACUGUCUGGGAUUCCAGCAGAAGUAAUCAGUCGUUCCAUGGACACAUACAGCAAAAUGGGGGAUGUCUUCACAGACCUUUGUGUCUAUUUCUUUACUUUCAUCUUCUGCCAUGAACUGCUUGUGUUCUUUGGUUCCGAAGCACUGUGAUAACUGCAGAAUGCAGUGUGAUACUUCAAAAGAACUGCAUCAGUCUUUAUUCUGUAACUAUCCCUGGAUACACACGUACGGUUAAACUUUUAUCCAAUUCUUACUUGUUUCAGUGCUGCUUAAAACAUGCUUCUGAAUGGAAGGUCC